AUGCACGAGUACUCCGUGGAAGAAGAGGAGCUCAAGAGAUGCAAGAAUGUACAAGAACACUACACCCUUUGCAAAGUAUUUAAGAAAAGUGGACCAGGUCCCAAGAAUGGUGAGCAGUAUGGUGCUCCCUUUGUUGAAGAAGAAUGGAGCGAUGAUGACAACUGUUUGGAUGUUGAAUCACUUCUUGUGAAGAACGUCAAUACUUCAGUCGAUCAGCCUAAGUUAACUUGUGAACCUGAGAUUGUUCAACCACUGGCUCAGUCUAAUCCAGUCAACAGUCGCCAUGAACAGUUAGAGGUGCACCAUGGUUCUGAUUUGGCCCAGUCAGCAAAAGAACCAUCAGUGAUCACUUGUUUGGAGGAGGUGCCACUGCCACUGCCACUGCAACUGCCACAACCUUUGGUGUUCAAUGAAGAUUUUCUUGAACUGGAUGAUCUACAAGGUCCACAACCAUCUUUUCAAAGCUCAAUGUUUGAUGAUUUUCAGUUUGGUGGUGUUGAUGAGUUUUGUGCACUUGAGUUCUACAAUAAUGCAACCGAGUUCAACGAAGUGAAUCCUUUCAAAUGUCAACCAUUUUACACGAGUACUGAAUUUGCUCCAAACUAUGGAGGCGACACAUUCUGA